CACCACCCAACAGUCCGAGCAAUCCAAGGAAAUGUCUCUUCCCACCGUGGCUAUCAUUGGCGGAACUGGCUUCCUCGGCCAGCAAGUCAGCAACGCCUUCCUGACCGACUUCCGCCCCUCCUUCUCUCGCAUCCGCGUCCUCACUCGUGAUCCAUCCUCGCAGAAGGCGCAGGAUCUCGCAUCCAAAGGGGCCGAACUGAUCCAAUACAGCGGGGACGAGUUGGAGAAGUCGUUCGACGAGGUGUUCGCGGGCGCCGACGUCAUCGUGAACGCGCUGCCUGGCGGGGCCGACAAGGAAACGAAGCAGGCCAUCAUCAAGGCUAUCGCUAGAAGCGGCGCGAAGGUGUACUUCCUGAGCGAAUUUGGCUCCGAUCACCGUAUCAACGCUUUCCCCGGGUACGAGUCGGAGGAGUGGCUAGGGAAGCAGGAGGUUGCGAAGGAGACGAGGGCCGCGUUCAAGGGCAAGGUCAUUGCGCUCUACACGAGCGCGUUCAUCGAGCUCGCGGUCAAGUUCCCCGCCCUGGGUAUCGACGUCAAGAACAAUGCGUUCACGGCAUACGGCUCGCCCACCACAAAGAUUUCCCUCACCUCGCUCGCGGACAUUGGCCGUGCGGUCGCGCAACUGUCCAUCCUCGCGACUGACCCCGCAACGGCCGCCUCUGUUCCUGACGAUAUUCGCAUCGCUGGCGACACGGUGACGAUAGCGGGUGUGCGGGACAUCGUGGCGCGUGUUAAGGGCGUGGCCCCCGGGGAGAUCAAGACCGUAGACGUUGCGCCGAUAAAGGAGACGCUCAAAGGUCCCAGCCCCCAAUUCUUCGACUACCUCAGGCGAGUGGCAUUGUUUCCGUUGUGUCCGCAUGGCGGUGACGGCAUGUACUCACAUGCAUGGGUGUAUAACAGGGUUGUAUUGGGCGAGGGCAAGGCAGAUUUCAGCUCGCAGAACGACAACGAGUUGGUCAACCCUGGCGGGAAGCUAUGGAAGUGGAAGUCGGUCGAGGAAGCCAUUGGUGGUCUGUGA